UGAAUUUAAUGAAGAUUCAUAUAUUUCAAUUAGAGUGUCACUUUUUUUAGUUUGUUAGAUAUUAUUGAUCGAUUCUUAAAAUAAAUUGCAUGGGUAUAAUCGUUUACGAAGUUUUAGAUUUUCUACGGUAAAGUUAUGUUGAUAGUGUGUGGGUAAAAUUAAAUGGAAUAUCUUUUUACAAUAAAAAUUUAAUAAUUUUAUUACGUUCUCGAUAUUCUUAUGUAAUCAUUUGAUACACUUAACCAUUAUUGUGAUUGUUUUUCAGGAUCCAAAGAAAGAUGGUUCAAAUUAAAGUACAAUCUAUUAUUUUAUUUUAAUAUUAACGAAAUAGGCCAAAUUGACACUAGACAACCAGCUGGUGUAAUAGUUUUGGAAAAUUAUAAUAUUAAUCUUGACAUGUUUGAAGGAGCAUUUGCAUUUAGUAUAUCUUUUCGAGAUGAACAUGACAAAAGACAUAUUCUGAGUGGUCGUUCAGAAGAUCAAGUAGAACAAUGGGUUGCGGCACUUAAACAAGCUAGUUAUGAAUAUUGGAGAUCCCAAUUAAUUGUACUUCAAGAAACAUUAUGUAGAAAAACGGGGAAAGAUCCAUUAUUGAUGCAGCUUAGAAAUCAGGGUAUCAUUAGAGAUGAAGCUUGGGAACCUGCAUCAAGUUUUCGAUCACAUGUACAAUCUUUUACAACAUCAGUUGUAUAUACAUUGGCUAGACUAAAUCCAGUACAAAAAGAAAUGAAUUUAAUUGAAUUUUAAUCAUGUAUAUAUAACAAUCAUCUUUUAGGCUGAACUUUGAUAAGUAAAUUGAUUGGUAGAAUUGUUUAUAAUAGGUCUCAGAUAGUUAAUUAUAUUUUAAAGUCAUCAGAAUAUAUUAAUUUAUUUAUUCCUUUCUAUGUACAUCAUCUGUAAGUUUAUUAAGUUGAACUGAUCUUCUUAAGUAAUCCAUUAUAA